AUGGACUUCAAACUAGAUAAAAGUUUCUCACCGGAGGAUGCAGCGGCGUUACGCGCAUCAUGGGAUGAGGCGGAGAUCAAGCGGGCGCUGGCGGAAAUGGCAUCUGGGAAGACUCUGGGAAGGGACGGUCUCCCGAAGGAGCUCUGGGAGUCACAGUGGGACCUCCUGGGCGGGCAGGUGAUGAAGUUCUUGAAGGAGUUCGAACGGACGGCGGCGCUGCCGGCAGAGUUUUCGACAGUGUUCGGAUUUCUACCUGGACGUAGCCUGGUUGGUGCGGUGGCGAUUACGGCGGAUGCAAUCGACGCGGCCAACUCCGAGGGAGAGGAUUGGCUGCUUCUGCUGGUAGACUUCAGGAAGGCGUUCGAUUCCAUAUCCAGGGGGUACCUGUUCGAUGUGUUGAGGAGAAUGGGGUUCCCGGACGAGUACGUGAAAUGGGUUGAGGGCCUGCACCAGGGAGCAGCAACACGCAUCUGCAAUGACGGUUGGCUCGGGGACGAAGUGCCAGUACAGACCGAAGUGAGGCAAGGCUGCCCCCUCGCGCCGUACCUAAUCCUUUGUGCAGUAGAACCUCUUUGUCAGGAAGCGCAAAGAAGGCAACUCGGUGUGGAUAUUACUGGGGCAGGGAAGCUGACGUACCUGGGCUACGCAGACGAUACUACCUUUCUGCUGAAAGGGCGAGCGCAGCUGGACAUGGCGGAGAAGCUGCUCUGUGACUUCGCGCGGGUGUCGGGGCUGGCGGCAAACUGUGACAAAACUGUGGUGAUGCCACUGGGAAGGCAGCGGGAUGAGCAGCCGCCACCGGUCUCUCUCUUAAAAUGGGCAGCGCGGGAUGAGCGCGAAGGUGUACCCCCCCCCCCGGACGCCAUAUGGGAGGAGCUUCGGAGGUUGUGUCACGCUUUUGUGUCUGGAGGAAGGGCGAGCGCGGGGCCCAGAUUCAUCCUGUGGAGCGCAGAGCUAAUGCAGAUGAGGAGGAGUGACGGGGGGCUGGGGUUAAUCAACCUCCGAAACCGGCUCGAUGCGGAGGCCCUCCACUCGGUGGGCGGGCUCCUGACUGAGGAGUCCUCCCUGAGGAGAAUUCUGGCAGAGAAGGCGGCACGCCUUCCUCUCGGCUACGCGUCAUUUUAUGCGCAUGAGGCCCUGCUCUAG